AUGGGCUUGCUAUCAUUGGGGACUCCACUAGACUGGCACGAAUCCAAGAAAUACAACGAACAUGUGCGCGACAAUGGUAUCACUCAGCUAAUCAACAUUUUCAAACAACAUCAUCGCCGCAACCACGAUGAGUUUUUAUGGGGCGACGAGGUUGAGUACAUGUUGGUUGACCUCGACGAUCAACAUCAAACGGCGAAGUUGGCCAUCGAUAAAGAUUACAUCUUGCAUGAUUUGAACGAUGAAGCAAAGGCCUUGCCCAAGGCUCAAGCGGAAAAUGUCUCGUUCCACCCGGAAUAUGGACGGUAUAUGCUUGAAGGGACUCCCUUGAGACCAUAUAACGGUAACAAACUCGAUGACUAUGUAUACGUUGAAGAGAAUAUGGCUAAAAGGAGGCAAUUGAGUCGAGAAGAAUUACCCAAUAACAUCAAGCCAUUGACAUUGACUAGUUACCCCAGAAUGGGAUGUCCCAACUUCACUUCACCGCCUGCUAAGGCCAUUGGGCCAGCGUCGCAGUCGCUUUUCUUACCGGAUGAAAUCAUCAAUAGACAUGCUCGUUUCCCUACAUUGACGGCGAAUAUCCGGAAACGCAAGGGUCACAAAGUGGCCAUCAAUUUGCCAAUGUACCCCGAUAAAAACACCAAGUUGCUCGAUGACUCAAUACCCACAAAUAGACAAUUGUUCAAGAGCGACAAGGAACCAUUCUUGGGUGCCUCGAAACCUGGCUAUGUUUACAUGGAUUCCAUGGGAUUUGGAAUGGGCUCAAGUUGCUUACAAAUCACCAUGCAGUGUCUGAAUAUCGACGAGGCGAGGUACUUGUACGACUCUUUGAUACCAAUUGCACCGAUAAUGUUGAGUUUGACUGGCGCGGCGCCCAUUUUCAAAGGUUAUUUGGUCAAUCAAGACGUUCGAUGGAAUGUCAUUUGCGGUGCCGUUGAUGACCGUACUUUUAUUGAAAAGCAAGAAGAACCAUAUAAGGAGCAUCAUUUGUUUGGAGGCUUGGACAUUGAUUGCUGCCAUGACCUUGACAUCAACAAGCAUGGUGUCAACGAAUAUGGCGAUUUGCAUAAUUUAUAUACAAAAGACGGCAAACCCAUUCAACAAGUGCCCAAGUCUAGGUAUGAUUCGGUUGAUAACUACCUUGGUGACGGCAAUUACGACACCAACUACUUUAAAACUGAAUUUAACGACUUGAAUCCUCCCAUCAAUAAAAAAGUUUACGAGCGGUUGGUCAACGAGAAGCUGGGACAAUUUGAUAAGCAAUUGGCGACGCAUUUUGCGCAUUUAUUCAUUCGAGACCCCUUGGUCAUUUUCAGCGAGCGAAUAGACCAGGAUAACAAUUUGAGCAAUGACCAUUUCGAGAAUAUCCAAAGCACAAAUUGGCAAACUAUUAGGUUCAAGCCACCAGCACUUUAUGAAGCCACCCCUGAAGAGGAAGAAGGAAGUGGUGGUGCCGUUGAUUUUACUCGGAGACCCGGUUGGAGAGUUGAGUUUCGGCCAAUGGAGAUUCAGAUUACCGAUUUUGAAAAUGCCGCGUUUCUGACAUUUACAAGUUUGCUUUCGAAAGCUAUACUCAAGUUUAAACCAAAUUUUUACAUACCGUUGCUGAAGGUGGAACUCAAUAUGAAACUUGCCCAUCAUUUGGACUCAACGAUAAAUGAGAAGUUUUGGUUCAAGUCUCUAGAUUCGUGGGGGUUGAAUUACCACGACUUCAUUGGCUACGACUUUUCGUGGUUUGACCGGUACCUUAGCGAAGGCAACGACUUGUUGGUUAAUGGCAAUGUCUAUUUGAACGGGUACAAUUCAAGCACGAGCUUGGCUGGCGCCGAUGAAGAAGGUCAGUUGCAGUCGAAUGGCACAAGUGGCACAAAUGGCAUCAAUGGCAUAAAUGGCAGUGCUGCGCCCAAAAAGUCUUCGGCACCAACACGCGGCUGCGUUGGCAAGACCAUUGAAGAGAUUAACGAUGUUGACGACAAUGGGCUUGAUCAAAGAUACAGCGUCAAUGAGAUUAUCAAUGGCAAUGGCAAAUUCCCCGGCUUUAUCCGACUCGUGAUCAAGUUGAUUGCCACCGAGUUGGUUCCCAAGGACAGCCAACACUGCCAAGACUCGCGCUGCGCCUCGAAGUUUAUCAGAUUGAAGCAUUACUUGAUGUUGAUUUCCAAGAGAAGUAGCGGAGAGAUCCCCACUGCGGCACAUUGGAUCAGAGACCAAGUGUUGAAUGACGCAAAUUACCAACACGAUUCAAAAGUUUCCGAUUUGAUAAAUUACAAGAUCAUACGCCAGGUUGUCAAAUUGACGGACCUUGAAGACAAGGAUUUGGUAUUAGAGUUUUUUGGUGAAACGAUUGGUGAAUAUUUGCUCAGUGAUAGCCGAAAGUGA